AUGGCCCACUCCAACCAUAUCAGCACCUCCUUCUUUCUGACUGGCCUCCGCCUUGAGGCUGUGUAUGUCUGGCUCUCCAUUCCCCUGUGCUUCGUGUACAUUGCCUCUCUUUCAGGGAAUGGCUUGAUCCUGUGGGUUGUAAAGUCAGAGCCCUCCCUGCACCAGCCUAUGUACUACUUUCUAUCCAUGCUAGCAGUGAUGGACCUGGGCCUGUCUGCUUCCACACUGCCCACCAUGGUCACAAUCUACAUGAUGGGUGUCAGGGAGGUUACGUUAGACAUGUGCUUUGCCCAGCUUUUUUUCAUUCAUACUUUCUCCAUCAUGGAGUCCUCUGUGUUGCUGACCAUGGCCUUUGAUCGUGUUGUGGCCAUCAGCAGUCCUCUGCGCUAUGGCACCAUCCUCACCAACCCUCGGAUUGCCAGCUUGGGCCUGGUCAUUGUUGUUCGCAGCAUUGGUCUCCAUAUUCCUGCCCCCAUCAUGCUGAAAAAGCUGCCUUACUGCCAGAAGCGCCAGCUUUCCCACUCUUACUGCCUGCAUCCAGAUGUUAUGAAGCUGGCUUGUGCCGACACCCACAUCAACAGUGUCUAUGGCCUGUUCGUGGUUCUCUCCACCCUGGGUGUGGACUCUGUGCUCAUUGUUCUCUCCUAUGGGCUGAUCCUCCACACAGUGUUGUCAAUUGCCUCCAAGACUGAGCGCCUCAAAGCCCUCAACACCUGUGUCUCCCACAUCUGUUCUGUCCUGCUCUUCUACACACCUAUGAUUGGCCUGUCCAUGAUCCACCGAUUUGGCAAGUGGGCUUCCCCAUGCAGUCGUGUGUUGCUCUCUUAUCUCCAUUUUCUCAUUCCUCCAGUGCUCAAUCCGGUAGUUUAUACCAUAAAGACUAAGCAGAUCCGACUGCGGAUUCUGCGCAUCUUCCGGUCUGGUGAAGAUACCCAGGGUCACCAAAUCUACUCCCAUGGGUAUAAAAACAUGAAGUACAGUCUUGUGCAUGCAGUCAUGUGUGCUAUGAGCUGCUAUGAGGUCAUGUGUGCAGUGGCCUCACUGCAGCUAGGCUCCUCAUUGGUGAUUAUUACCUCACUGCAGCUAGGCUCCACACUGGUGAUUACUGCCUCACAAGCUAGGCUCCACACUGGUGAAUAUUACCCCUCACUGCAGCUGGGCUCCCCACUGGUGAUUACUGCCUCACUGCAGCUGCUGGGCUCCCACACUGGUGAUUACUGCCUCACUGCAGCUGGGCUCCACACUGGUGAUUACUGCCUCACGCAGGCUGGGCUCCACACUGGUGAUUACUACCUCUGGGCCCUUACAAUCAUCUCCCAUGAUGAUCCAUGA